AUGGACAUCAUGACACCCCAAGGCUUUGCACAUGCACUUUACCAAGUGUUGUCCUUGAAGCCAGGUAGCAGCUUAUUCCUAGCACCUGUGUGUUCGACAUGGGUGUGGGUGGCGCGUGGAUCUACGCUGAGAAGUGAAGCCAUGCCGCUGGGGUGGGAGAGAUACAGCAGCGUUCUUACUGCAAACCAAAUGGUGGCUCGUUGCUGUAUCCUCAUGAUAUUAGCGGCAGCAAGAGGGAUUUGGGUAGUAUGUGAGCAGCCAAAGGGUAGCUUGAUGCAAUUUCACCCUUGCUUUGAAGCCGUGAUGGACCUGGUUCCCUUGUGGAGAAAAUUUAUCCGCAUGGGUGACUUUGGCGCUUCCUCUGGGAAGGGUACAUGGCUGUACUCGAGCCGACAAGAGAUUGAGCAGCUCAUGGAGUUCCAGCCCCAAGGUAUCCCACAACAUGAGCGAAAGAGCCUUGUUGAUUUCUAUGUAGACAGCAAGGGGAAGCAGCGGGUUAAAGGCAAUGCCCAGCUAAAGCUUUCGCAAGCUUACGCGCGUGCGUUUGGCAAAGCCCUGGCAAAGCUGCGGACCAAGCACUUGCAGCGCAGCAAGCGGAUGGCUCGGGCUCUCCUGAAACGAGCAGCCGGAAGUGUUCGCAAGGGAGCCUUUAAAAAUACCUCCCACCAGAUGUCUUUUUGGGUGAAGCAUGCCAACCUGGAAACAGUGUUGGAAUAUCUCACCUCAUAA